CUUUCCUCUCCCGGGUCCCACCUUCAACCUCCAACCCUUUCCUCUUCCUGUAACCUUCUCUUAAAGCCUGCAACUUGAACCCAUUCCACAGCCAUGGCUGGAGCUAAGAGUUGUGCUUGGUUGGUCGUCGUUUGGUGGACUGUGGCCAUGCAUGGGGACGGGGCUCAUGUGAGGGCACCCGCGCCCUCCAUGGACUGCUCCUCUGCGCUCCUCUCCCUGGCCGACUGCCUCACCUUCGUGGAGAACGGAAGCACUGAGGCCAAGCCACAAACACAGUGCUGCUCUGCCCUCAAGAAGGUUGUCAAGGAGGCGGCGACGGCCUGCCUCUGUGACGCCUUCAAGGAGGGGGCAACCUUCGGCGUCAAACUCAACAUGACCAGGGCCAUGGGCCUUCCAUCUUCUUGUGGUGUCUCCACCUCCCACUUCAGCAAGUGCAAAUCUGCUGUUGCUGCUAGCCCUGGUGCAGCUCCUGCGCCAUCUUCUUCAGGGGUGGCCAUGGUUCCAUCUCCGACUGCUGGGCGCAGCGGCGCCGCUGCUUCGUCAACUGCACCGGUCGGAGGCCUCAUCAAUGUGGCGAUUGCGCUGUUCGUUUACUACUACAUCUAGGAAGAGUAGAAGGGGUCUAUGAGAGAGGUCUUGAGCGGUGUUGGUCAAGAGUCCUACCUGUUGAGGACUUGCUGUUUCUUGCUGUUGCGUCCUCCACCGUGGUACUGAUUUCAGCUUGUUAACUUCUGUGGAAUUAGGUUCUGUUCUCAAUUUACUUGCUUGUUUCUUUGCA